AUGGGCUCCGCAUUGCCCAACUCCGCCUGCGAGCAGAACGCACUGCUGCAGGUCACGAGCACCAGGCUCCAGGGGCCUUCCUUCCCAAGCCUUCCAAGUCUCCCAGGUCUUGUGCAACACGCCGCCGAGCGCAGUUCGCGGAUGGACGAGGGACGACUCGAGGGUGUGAGGAAGGUGCACUCGGAGAUUGAGGCCAUGGUGAAGCAGCUGCUGACGGAGAAGAGUACAAUGGAGACUGGGCGGAAUCGCAGUGACUACAACCUGAGCAGCACCACCCUGGCGGUCCUCGACACAGUCAGCACAGAAAUGCAGAGCUUGUUGGUGGAGAUCAACGAGUCCCACAUCGCGGAUGAGCAGCUUCUUCUUGACCUGGCCCAGGCCUUCGUCCAGUGCAACACGGACCUCGCCCAGCGCCAGCUGCAGAGCGACAACCUCAGCAGCCUCGUGGCCAGUGCCCGCCAGUCCCACGAUGCCUGCCGUGCGUCGGAGCAGAGCCUGACGGCGGCCAACGCCAGCUCAUGGGCAGCCUAUCUUGCUGCCGGCAGUGAGGCUCCCCCUGAGACGGUGAAGCAGUGCAUGACGAACUUCGUCAAUGGCCACAACCCAGAAGCAGUUGAGGACCUUGAGGCCAUGACCAGCUGCGCAGAAACGAUCCAGUCUUGGAGCUCUGACUUCGCAGCGAACAUGACCAACCUGCAGAAUACUUAUACAAGUGACCUAAAUGCAGUGAAUCAGGAGAGAGUGUCUUGUCGCGUGAAUCAAUCGACGCUGGAGAGUCACUUCUGCGAGUACCGGCAGCAGCUUAGUGACAGCUGCAUCGCCGUUGACAGCUGCCAUGAGAAUGCCAACGCGACCUGGCACGAGCUCCUCGUGUCCAUCGCAGCCUCGGACGUGCGACGUGAAUCCUCCUUCAUUGCGGCCACAAAGGUCAUCUGUUACAUCCAGGUCCUCCAGUCGAACCUGACCCAGCCAGCAGUCCAGGAAUGCCAAGACCUUACAGCCGACACCUCUGUGAUCAACGUCAACAUCCCCACGCCGGCCGGGAUCGCGACCUGUGACGCCUCGCCCGUGGCCACCUUCCCCUGCGAGGCAGGUCACCCCGCAUUUGUUCAUGCAGCUUCGGAUCUGCUUCGAAUCUGUGACCUGGGGCUGCUUGUGUUCAUCUUUGCACAAUGCAGAACUCUCGAAGUUGUGGAUCUUUUGGCAGCCUGGUUGGACAUGGAGUACUUCAACAAGUCUUGGUACACGCAGCAGCCGCAGAUCCUCCCCGACACCUGCAUCAGCUGUGCGGCGCGGGUCACGACGACCACGACCACCCUCGCAGUAGUCGUGCCAGCCCGGAGCCCAGACCCAUCCUGGGGAGAGAAGGAAGAGCGGGAGAACUGUGGGAUAGAGUGGGAUAUCCCGCAAGAUUUCGGAAGCUGCUUGUAUCCAGCCGGUGAACUGGGGAGCUACCUUGUGUGCAUUGGCGACAACAGCGUGGCGGCUGUGUUCCUGUCCACCUGUGCCGUCACCAGCCAGGUGCCCACCAAGUUGCAGUGUGUCGGCGAAAGUUCCGGCGGACAAUUGGGAGGCCCCGGCUAUCCGGCCUACGUUGAUCUGGGAAGUCGCACGGCAAGCCGUGUGUUCGGCCCUACUUGCUGCAGAUUCUGCGCCCUCCUGGACAACGAGGAUCUCAAGUGCUGGGGAGGCAACAGUAAUGGGGAGUGGCAAGUGUUUGGCGGACCCCACCACGUCUGCGCCAUCCUGGACGACCAGUCCCUCAAGUGCUGGGGCCAUGGAGCUAACGGCAUGCUGGGCUUCACACCCUCCAAUGGCCCGAAUGUGGGUGAUGCCCCGAAUGAGAUGGGUGACAACCUUCCCGUCGUGAGUUUCGGUGCCCUGGAGGGUAGCCACCAGGUGCUGGGUGGCUCAGCCUGGUGGCACGUGUGCGUGCUUUUGGACCACCCAGCCGAAGUUACACAGCUGGCGUGCUUUGGGGUGAAUGGGGGUGAAGGGCGUCUCGCACGUGGAAAUACAGACCAUCAUUCACUGACUCCCAUGCCGGUUGAUCUGGGCACCGGCUUUCAUGCAGUGCAGGUGAAAUGCUGGGGCGGCAACGGCAAUGGCCAGUUGGGCAGAGGUGCCCCUGCCGUCGAUGUCAACAACGUGGGUGCGAGCCCGGGUGACAUGGGUGACAACUUGCCAGCCGUCGACUUGGGUACAGACCAGGGUGGCAAACCGCUGAAAGCCAUCUACAUCAUGGUUGGUCACAGGCAUUCGUGUGCCAUUCUCCAGGGUGGGGCCGUCAAAUGCUGGGGCAGCAACACGCUCUUUGGACCAAAGGAAGGGCAAGCUGGGCAGCCAAACAGCAACAGCAUUGUGGGUGACAGUCCUGCGGAGAUGGGCGACCACCUCCCGAGCGUCAACAUCGGGGAGAACAUGGUGGCCACGGAGCUGGUCGGCGGAGUGGCCCACACGUGCGCACGCCUGGAGGGCGGUGCGCUCAAGUGCUGGGGCACGGGCGGCAACUAUGACUGGGCCAGCUUCCUGGCCCAUUCAGCGCUACGAAGCCCCAAGAACUUUUCCCGGACAGCUCAAAACCAGGAAGCCCCAGCAGUUGUUUUUUCCAGUGUGCUUCCAUGCCCACAUUUCCCAGCCUCUGGGUUUCCGCAAUCCGAUGCCCUAAGCCCUGAAACCCGAAAUCCUAAACCCUAA